CGCGCUACUCUCAUUCACCUGUCGUCGUUGAAUCGUUGAAUGACUUCCUUCUCCCGCCAUUCCCCUUCCCGCUCGCAACCAUUAGUUGCUCAUCUUCUCUGCCGAGCUCAUCGGCUCUCUUGCUCAACACCCUCCAUUUCUCGACUUUGCUUUUAAACGUCGCAUUUCUCAUUGCGAAUUUUUGUGCUGUUAUCGAAUAUCGUAGCUCUGCAUCUCUGGGGAGUGUCUUGCUACUGCGGCAGUCGCUGCACAGGGGAUCUGAAGUCGUUUCAGGGUUCGGGGUAGGAGUUCUUUGUUUCUUUCCUUCUUCUUAGUAGUAAUGGAUAUGAAAUCGCUUCAAUUGAAAUUGGGGUUGAUUGACCAGCCCAAAGUGGUGAGGAAGGCCCAGGAGCUUCUCCGACUAUGCAGAUUGCACUUCAAUUCGUCAUCUAUGGGUGUGGGUGAGAUUUGUAAAUCUGUUAUUUGCUUCGAGCUUGCCUGCGGAGAGUUGCAACUCUCUCUCGAUAGGCAGAAAGCUGUUCGUGUCAGCGGCAUGUCGGAGAAGGCCUAUGUUAGGUCUCUAACCGCCUUGCAGAAUGCCCUGGGGCUGAGGCCGAAGGUUGAUGUAAGGGAGCUUGCAAUUCAAUUUGGAUGUAUAAGACUCAUUGGCGCUGUCCAACGGGUUCUAUCCCUUUACAAGCAAAGAUUCGUGGCUGCCCUGCCAGAAUCAAGGAGAACUAGCGCCGACUUUAGCCGACCUGCAUUUACUGCCGCUGCUUUCUUUCUAUGUUCCAGGAAAAACAAGUUGAAGGUAGACAAGAUACGCCUCAUGGAAAUCUGUGGUGCUUCGGAUCCUGAGUUUUCAAAUAUUAUUGCAUCAAUGAAUGACCUCUGUUUUGACUUGGUCGGUAUGGAAAAAGAGAAACGGGAUCCCAAAACCAUCAAAAGUAAUGAAGAUUUACUUACUGUAAACGUCUCCGGCAAAAGGUCUCGUGAUACUGAUGAGGCGUCGGAAAGUGAUGCUGAGUCCAUAGACAAUGAAGACGACUUAGUAAUUCCUGCUGCCAAGAGGUCUAGGAAAGCCAUCAAUAGUAAAGCAUAUCAAGAGUGGAAGGCUUCCAUUUCUGCUGCCAGGGAAGCGCUCAAGAAUUCUGCUGCAGAUGCUGCGAAAAAACCAACUCGACAGGCGAAGUUAUGUUUUGAGAAAAUUGAGACUUCCCAUAUAAUCUCUACAUCGGCGUCUUAAGCUCUUUUUUUUAACCUUACAGAGUUUGUCGGUAGAAGUCCAAUGCCCUGCUGGGCACGUACAAACAUAUGUAACACUAAAGGGUAGGACAAUUCAUUUCACCUCUGAAUUUUGUAGACAGCCCCAAUCUUAGACCAUGAGGCAACCUGCCUCCUUGUAGACUAGCGGCAUACUGCGAAUGAGCAUAUAGAUAUCUUAAUAUUAAAAUGUUGCCUA